AUGGGCAACGAAGACACUGCAGUCGAGGGGCAAACUGAGCCCCCUAUAUGUGGCUUCAAGGGGCCUCCAUCAAUACAACCAGCCGAACCAGAUUCGGACAAGUCGACCGUCUGCACAAAGACUGCGUCGAUCGCAGAGUUCUCUGCCGAUUCCGCCCACGUCUUCGGGGCGAGCCAGAUCUGCGGAUUUCUCAACACUGACAUCAAAAAUGGCCUCGCCGGUGCCGAAGCUGCAGCUCGUCUACAGCAGAAUGGCCCCAACAAGGUUGAGGGAGCUAAGGGGAUAUCGCUUUGGACGAUACUGCUAAGACAGGUCUCCAACUCCCUGACCCUUGUCCUCGUUAUAACGACGAUCCUGUCGUUCGCCAUCAAUGACCACAUUGAAGGCGCCAUCAUCUGCGCGGUCAUCUUGCUCAACAUCGUCGUAGGAUUCAUCCAAGACUUCCGCGCAGAGCAAACCAUCCAGGCACUCUAUGCCCUAUCUGCACCAACCUGUAAGGUCAUCCGAGAUGGCCAGAUAGAAACCAUAAAGGCGGAAAGCCUCGUCGUUGGAGACAUUGUCCUGCUCAAUGUGGGCGAUGUCAUCCCGGCGGACCUCCGCCUGGGUGACAGCAUCAAUCUCUCCACCGACGAGGCCCUCCUGACCGGCGAGUCCCUGCCCAUCAGCAAGCAUGCUGAGAGGGUGCUGGCCGACCAGGACGUGCCUCUCGGUGACCGUGUCAACAUGGUCUACUCGGCAAGCACAAUCACACGCGGCCGAGCCACUGGAAUCGUGACCGCCGUCGGGAUGGCCACAGAGGUCGGCAAGAUCGCCGGCCUGCUGAGACAGGCCAAGAAGAGCUCCGAGGGGAAGGAGGGCAUCGCAAAGAUGGUCCACCUCACCAAGGAGAAGAUCCGCGUGCUCCUCGGCCUCGACGGCACCCCCCUCCAGGUGUCGCUGAGCAAGUUUGCCCUGCUGUUGUUCGCCCUCGCCAUCACGCUUGCCAUAAUCGUCUUCUCGGUCAGCCGUUUCAACAUUGACGACGAGGUCCUCAUCUACGGUAUAUGUGUCGCAGUAGCUGUAAUCCCAGAGUCGCUGAUCGCCGUGCUGACCAUCUCCACGGCGAUCGGCACGAAAGCCAUGGCCAAGGGCAACGUGAUUGUCCGCAAGCUGGCAGCGCUGGAGGCGGUCGGCGGCGUGACCAACAUCUGCUCCGACAAGACCGGCACGCUGACGCAGGGCAAAAUGCUGGCCAGAAAGGUCUGGCUGGCCGACGGGGCGGCCAUCUCGGUCCACGGGACGACUCACCCCUUCGACCCGAGCAGCGGAGCGGUCCAGCACAACGGCCGCGAGCUGACACCGGCCGAGAUGAAAGCCACAGGCCGGGGGGUGACCAGCCUCCAAGCGCUGCUGGAGACAGUCGCGCUCUGCAACAAUGCCUCUGUCACCCAACGGGAAACAUGGACCGCCCUGGGCGAGCCCACGGAGAUCGCCCUGCAGGUCCUGGCCAUGCGCUUCGGCAUGGGCAAGCCAGACCUGCUGUCCGGCGAGAAGGCCACCCUUGUCUCCGAGUACCCCUUCGACUCGACCUGCAAGAGGAUGACAGUCGUCUACGACACCGGCGACCAGACGGCCCUCACGGCAUACACCAAGGGCGCCGUCGAGGCGAUUCUCCCCCUGAUCCAGAUCCCAGACGCCAGGCAGCGCGAGAUCGCCGCCAUGGCCGACACGCUCGCCGCGGAAGGCCUCCGCGUGCUGUGCGUGGCCAGGCGGUCCGCCACGGCGACGGAGCUCUCGAAGCGGGAGACUGCCGAGGCGGACCUCGAGUUCGUCGGCCUGGUCGGCCUGUACGACCCGCCGCGCGUGGAGAGUGCCCCCGCGGUGCUCAAGUGCCAGCGGGCGGGCAUCACGGUGCACAUGCUCACGGGUGACCACGUCAAGACGGCGACGGCCAUCGCGAGGGAGGUCGGCAUCCUGCCCCCCGUUGAGGCAGGCGGCCCGGCGUCUGACCCGCAGGCCAUCAUGCAGGCGAGCGCGUUUGAUGCGCUCACCAACGCCCAGAUCGACGCCCUGGACAAGCUUCCGCUGGUCCUCGCCAGGUGUAGCCCGUCGACGAAGGUGCGCAUGGUCGAGGCCAUGCACCGCCGCCAUGCGUUCUGUGUCAUGACUGGUGACGGUGUCAAUGACUCUCCCGCGCUCAAGAAGUCUGAUGUCGGUAUUGCGAUGGGCAUGAACGGUAGUGAUGUCGCCAAGGAGGCGGCGGAUAUGGUCCUGACGGACGAUAACUUCGCCUCGAUCGUCACUGCGGUCGAGGAAGGAAGGAGACUCUUCGACAACAUCCAGAAGUUCCUCCUCCACCUCCUCAUCUCAAACAUCGCCCAGGUGAUCCUCCUCUUGGUAGGCCUCGCCUUCCGCGACGCCUCGGGCGCCUCCGUCUUCCCCCUCUCGCCCAUCGAGAUCCUCUGGGCCAACCUGGUGACCUCGUCCUUCCUGGCCCUGGGCCUGGGGCUGGAGGAGGCCCAGCCGGACGUGAUGCAGCGGGCGCCCCACGACCUGCGCGUGGGCGUCUUCACCCGCGAGCUCAUCGUCGACAAGUUCGUCUACGGGUCCGCCAUGGGCCUCAUCUGCCUGGGCGUCUUCGCGACCGUCGCGUUCGGCGGCGUCUCGCAGGCCGUCGGGCCGGGCGGGUACACCCUCGGUGAUGCGUGCAACUCGGGUUACAACGACUCUUGCGUCGUUGUGUUCCGCGCGCGUGCGGCGACCUAUGCCACCCUCACCUUCCUGCUGCUCGUCACCGCGUGGGAGGCCAAGCACUUCACCCGCAGCCUGUUCAACAUGCACCCGGAGAAGUACCGCGGCCCGCUUUCUGUCUUCAAGACCGUCUGGGCCAACCAGUUCCUCUUCUGGGCUGCUGUGGCUGGCUUUGUUCUCGUCUUCCCACUUGUGUAUCUGCCCGUCAUCAAUGAGGUCGUCUUCAAGCACAUGAGCAUUGGCUGGGAGUGGGGCAUUGUUGCGGCCGGAAUUGUGGUCUACUUGUGUGUUGUGGAGAGUUGGAAGGCCGUGAAGAGAAGGUUUGGAAUCGGUAGUGUGAGGAAAACGGUCGAUGGCUUCGGGCCAGCCGGUGACAACGGCAGUGUCGUCUAA